AUGGUGCUUCUGUUCCUUUUGGCAGCUCUGCUGCAAGGGCUCGUUUCCAGCAGCCUGCACGGCUCCAGGUUUUUGGCAGGAGAGCUCGGAGGCUCCAUCACCCACCAGUGCUUCUACUCCACCACCCCAGCCAACAAACACGAGCGGAAAUAUUGGUGCAAAACAUCAGCAAGUGGCGUCUGCUACACCAUCGUCUCCAGCAGGUUCAUCUCCAGCGAGUACAGGGGCAGGGUGGCCCUGCGGGAUGUCCCCCAGAAUGGCACCUUCAGGGUGACAAUGACAGGGCUGAGGAGCAGCGACUCGGGCACCUACAGGUGUGGCAUCGGCAGCACCAAUGAAGGGCUCUACGUCAGCCUCAACCUCACCGUUUUGGCAGAUGCCCCAGUGUCGAGGCCAACCCAGCUCAUCCGAGGGGAGCUGCACGGCUCUGUCACUGUCCUGUGCCCCUCUGGGGACACCCAGAGGGACCAGAAGAGGUUCUGGUGCAAAGUGGGCAGAAGCAGCUGCACUCUCAUGGGCAGCUCUGAUGGCUUUGUGAGCAGGAGGCUCCAAGGACGGAUCGUUAUCAGCCCCCAGGAGAGCUCUGGAGCUUUCAAAGUCCUGCUAAAUGACCUAAAGAAGGAAGAUUCGGGGCUGUACCUGUGUGGGACACAGGGAUGGAGGGGGCAGGAGAUCCUACAGGAGGUGGUUCUGCAGGUGGCCACAGCCUCCACCCUGCCCAGGAGACCCAAAUUCCUCAGUGCCACAGUCGGGGGCUCGGUGUCCUUCCAGUGCCACCACGACCCCAAGGGCACCUACGAGAGGAAAUACCUGUGCAGUCCCACCAAGGGAGGAUCCAAAUGUCCAGCAGUGACCCCGGCAGCUCCACGGUGGUGCUGA